CACUCUGAGACUACCAUUUGCGAGAGAUGUUCCCGCGUAGCAUGUGAACAUUUCCCAAAUGGAAGACCACAACAUCCAUCACCAACUCCAAUGCCUUCUCUCUCUCUCUCUCUCUCACUCACUUUCUCUCUCUAAAACUCUCAAAAGAAUAACAUAACCUUAGCAAUCCCUCCUAGUCCAAGCGCUUGAGUCUCUAUUAUAUGAGCUAAUAGUAUAAGCCCUUCUCUCUGUUUAUUUUUUCUCUCUCUUCUUUUUUCUCUGUUUGUUUUCUCUGUUUUCAAAACCCUCCAAUGAAGAAGCUCUACCGCAAAGGCACGGUUCAUCCGUCACCGCCAAUCAUAUCCGACCACCUGUCCUUUCUUCCCGCUGCCAUACUCACCCUCACGGUGGCUCUCUCACCGGAGGAUAGAGAAGUCUUGGCCUAUCUCAUCUCUUGCUCUAACAGCGCGGGCGUCAACUCAUCGUCCUCCGGCCAACGGAGAACCACCCAAAGAAGCUGCGGAAAAGGAGGGGUCGCCGGAGCUACUUCUUCUUCUUCUUCUGGUGGUGGUGGCGACCAUCCGCCUCAGUUUAACUGCAACUGCUUCAGGUGUUAUACGAGUUUCUGGGUCAGAUGGGACUCGUCGCCGAAUCGCCAACUGAUCCAUGAAAUUAUCGAUGCUUUCGAGGAUGGUUUGCUGGCACAGAGCAAAGGAGCGAAGAAUAAUAAUAAUAGGAAAGAGAGAAGGAAGAGAGGAGGUGGUGGUGGUGGUGGUGGUGGUGGUAAUAAUGGGUCGGGCGAGUUGAAGCGGUCGGAGCUGAGUUCGGGGAAGGACGAGUUGGUUGAAUCGGAAUCGGUGGUUGAAGAGACUAGCAGUGGUGGAGGUGAUGGUGUAGGUGAUGAAGAAGCUGAGAAAGGCUCUGUAAGAAGGUUUGUAAGCUUUAUUGGGGAGAGGAUUUGGGGUGUUUGGAACGAAUAAAUUUUUCUCUGAAAAAGUUUUUUUUUUCCACUUUUUUUUUUUUUAAAAAAAAUUAUCAAAUUAAGAGGUGGGUUUUAAUUAGGUCUUGUUCUGGUUCUUCUUGAGCUUUGAAUCCCCUUGUAAAUUACCCCUUUGGAGUAUGUAAAAAUUGGGUAAGUUUAAUUUUGAAUCAUCAACAAGUAAAUUUAAUGCUUGCAGAGUAAAUUUGGCUACUUGCAUCAAUAUUUUUAUGUUAUAUUAUAAACAAUGUGUAUACUGUACAUAUCCAAGAUUUGACCAUUAGUUAUUCGAAAGAAAGGAAGUUGAGCUGCCUUUCUAUGUAAAAUCAUGAAGGCAGAAAUUAUUUUGUUGUUAUUGUAA